UUGAAUGAACGUUGGUUUCAGAGUGAGGUUGGUGGGUGUGAAUGGGAAACAGUAACAGAGACGAGGUUGUGGAAAUUGAGAGCUUGGAGAAGAGUUUGUUGGAAGAAGAUGAAGCAGUGUUGUAUGCGGCGUCGUUUCGAGAGAUGGAGGAGAGUUUUGUCAAGUAUCAAACGAUGCAGUGGGUGGUAAACUCAGUUUUGUUGAUAUUGGCAUGGGGUAUUGGUGUUUUCAUGUUGCUGUAUCUUCCAAUCAGGAGGUUUGUUCUCAGGAAGGAUAUAAGGUCUAGAACACUCUAUCUCACACCAAAUGCUAUUGUAUAUAAGGUUACAAGGCCGGUACCAUUCCCAUGUUUUGGGGUGCUGAAGAAAGAGAAGCAUGUUUUGUUGAGUUCUGUGUCUGAUGUUGUGGUUGAACAAGGGUACUUGCAAUCGCUUUUCGGUGUAUAUUCUCUUAGAAUUGAAAAUAUUGGAGUUAGAAGACCACCAAGUGAUGAUGUUAAAAUCCUCGGCAUUGCGAAUCCAAACGCUUUCAGGAAGGCUGUUAUGAUGCGCCUAUCGAACAUGAGAAAUGAGAUUGUUUCGAGGCAGGUUUCUACACUAGAAGAUGCUCCACAUCUUAUGAUGUCUCCAUCAAAGUCAGCGAGGCAUGACUCUACUCCUACUGGGGAGCUGCUACUACUGCAGAAACUAGAGGAAGUUGGAAGUUCUGUCAAGAGAAUACAAACUCUAUUUGAGGAGCAACAUUCUCAAACAACAGAAUCCAUAGAUUGAGGGACAGGGAGUGGAAUAAGGUAACAAACAUCAAUCAAAAUAUCUCUUCCAGGGCGAUUCAGAUCCCAACAAAUAUUAGUAUUACUAUUACUUCAUUAGCAGCACCUGGAAGUGCAAGUUUAUACCCCUCGCACUCUCGCAGUAUAGCUAGCUAUUCAUUGUUGGUUUUCAAGCCUUCAAGUGCGUCUUGUACAUGUUGAUUGUAGCUUUUUGUUGUCGACAUUGUAAUUCAUCAUGAAAGUGUAUAAGCUACCAGGAAUCCAUUUCAAUGUUUGUAAAUGUAUGUCUUAUAUUUAUUCA